GUCAAUCGAUGUGACACUGAGACCGGUGACUGUUUACAUCUUAGCCUUCUGUGGUUUAAAGUUUUAGUCAAACUGAAGAUGACCGACUCUUCGCUUCUCAACUCUGAGCUGGAAUUAGAGCAACAAGAAGAAAUGUAUCAGCAGCUGCUGUUGCAGACAAUGGGCAAGCUGCAGACGGAAACUCCAGACUCCAAAGUAAUCCGACCUCUUCCUGGUAUGUGUGUGAAAACGUUCUCGGAGCCUGCCAAGGAGAAAGUUUUCAUCAACAUCUGUCAGUCGAACUCCGUGCCACCUCCACCAGAACUCACCAGAGACGAACUCGUGCAGCUGCUCCAGUCAGAGGACCCAAGUGGCUACAGAGUUCCCAUGAGCCUCGGCGAGCCGCACACAGAAGCAGACAACAACUCUCAGCAGUGUACAGCUUAUGAUGUCGUCAUCAACCAAGACUUUUACCAGAAGUGUCAGGAGGACCCUUUAUUCCAGCAGUUUAUUAUUCUGGUGUCCGUCGAAGGUUUAGAGAACAAAUACAGUCUGGAGCUAAACCGAGACUGGAAGGUGCUGAAGAACAGGAAGUUCCUCGGUUCUGUCAGCGAGCAGAACAUCAGGACCAAGAGCCGGCCAGUGAUUCAAGAGCUGCAGCCCGAGAAGAGUCCCACUUCUAGCUGUAAAAGACCAGAGUUCACACUGUUUGUGGAGCCUCCUGACAGACAACCUGAGUGCCUCAUUUCGGAGAUAAAGUUGCCUGGAGUGACUUCGUCUCGCUCCUUGGUUCUGGAUGUUGGAGAGGACCGGCUGGUGUUGACUGCUCGGCCCUCGCUCUACCAUCUUGACAUUUUCCACCCGUUCCUCGUCGACCAGGAGAACAGUGUAGCACAGUACAACAAGAGCACGCAGAUCCUCACCGUCACUAUGCCUGUGGUGUCGUCUUCCUAG